GCUAUGAUCAGAAGAGCUGGAGUUACGACGGCAGUGGCAAGUUUACGGACUUUCAUGUUAGUUGCUGUGAAGUAAACAGAACCGUAGCUUUCUCUUCCUUUGGAGGACAUUUCACCAAACACGUAAUGACAAUGCUUCUUCAAAGCCGGGCUGUGUUUACCCUCGGUAUUCGCAUGUGCUCCACACAUGUGACAAAAGGACUUCUGAAAGACACAGUGAGGCCUAACUCAGAUAUGUCUGAAUUCCGGAAGGUCUUUUCCAAAGCUAAGCACAUAGUUAUAAUCACAGGGGCAGGUGUGAGUGCGGAGAGCGGAGUGCCAACCUUCAGGGGAGUACAUGAGAAGUGGAGGAAGUGGAUGUCUCAGGACCUGGCCACUCCAGAGGCCUUUUCUCGCACACCAUCUCGGGUCUGGGAGUUCUACCAUUACAGAAGGGGGCUGACAUUGAACAAGAAGCCAAAUGCUGCUCAUCUGGCGAUAGCAGAGUGCGAGGCCCGGCUGAAGAAACAGGGACGUGAAGUGGUGGUCAUAACCCAGUGCACAGACGACCUUCACCGACGGGCUGGGUCCAAACACAUUCUCCAGAUUCAUGGAAACCUGAUGGAGACACGCUGCAUGAGUUGUGGAGAUGUGACUGUGCACGCGCGCAACCCCAUAUGUGCUGCCCUAAAGGGCAAAGGUGCACCGGGUCCAGAUGUUCCUGAUGCCAACAUCCCAGUGGAUAAACUGCCCAGGUGUGAAGAAACUGACUGCCAUGGUCUGCUGAGGCCCAACACUGUGUUCUUUGGAGAAACUCUGGACUCCCAUAUCCUGACCAAAGUGGAGAAAGAGAUGGAAGUCUGUGAUCUCUGUCUGGUGGUGGGCACAUCUUCAAUCGUUUACCCGGCAGCCAUGUUUGGGCCCCGCAUUGCAUCCAGAGGCGUCCCAGUGGCAGAGUUCAACACGAAUCCAACACCCAAAUCCGAAUACUUCUCGUACCAUUUCCAGGGUCAAUGUGGAACCACACUGCCACCAGCUUUGGCACCACAUGAGUCUGAGGUUACUCACUGACUGCACAGACAGCAGUUUGUCAGUGGCUUCUAUAAUCUAAUGCAAUUCACAGGUUGUUUUUUUUCCCUUUGCCUUAAAAUCAGUUAAGCUGUUGAUGCUUGGUAGCGGGCGAGCUGUAAAUACAGUACUUAAGAAUUUUACGACUUUGCGAUGGAGCUUUUAAUACUUGAAUAUGUAACUCAUUAAACUGGAAAUGGGAUUUUGACUCUUGUAUAAUGUAAUGUUUUUGCAGAUCAGAGGAAAUAUGCAGCUUGAUUUAAGAAAGGAAAUGUACUAUAAUUCUUUUCAUAGGAAAACAUUUCCCUGGGCAUCGCAGGGUUUUGUUAUUCAUAAUAUAUUAGAUGCUGGGAAGGGAUUGCUGUAUUUUAGUUUAAGAUAUAUUGUGCUCUAAAAUUAUGCUUUUUUAAAAACACAUGACUUCUAUCAGUGCCAAUGAAGAAUUUUCCUCUUUUCUAUUUUCACCAAAUGAACUAAUGUACAGACCGAAACAUAAUCUUGUGCCUUUCAAUGCUGUUUACACAACCAUGACCAAAUGCUCACUUUAAACCUCAAUUGAAAUACUUCCUAUGUUACAGGUCUUGGCUGGGUUCAGUUUUGUUUUGAACAAAACAGACAGAGCAGAGGAGAGGGGGGAAUGUUUUUCAACCCUCACCUGUGUCAGAACUAUUAUAUCCUCUUGCUGUGUAACUCUAAUGAGUAUAGUUACAUAUCGUGGAUUAUUAACAUUCAUGAUACAUUUGAUACUUUUUGUUUUUUACACAUUUUACUGUCUGUUUUCGUAGCGACACGCGUGUUCAAUCGCCGUCUCUAGUAGAUUAUUGUCAACAAAUAGAGAGCGCCCAUAUGAUAUUAAACGUUUUGUAAGGGAUCUUUGCGGAGACGCGGACGCAACAUGCAGUUUCUAACGAUGUAUUCAUUUGUAACUUUCGAUGUCAUGACGCAGAGUAUAACCAUUAAAACACUAAGUUGUA